AUGGACGAGUUGAUGGCAAUGGUAAAAGGAGCUCCCACACCUGGAGAGCCCACACCUGCACCGAAAAAUGAGGAACAAGUGGAGAGUGAUAACGAAGAUGUCUUCCCAGAAGAUUGGGAAGCAGAUGAUAACGAGGCACCGUCAACUCCAUUGGAAGCAAUUAUCACGGCCAUUGGUGAUACACAAUCACAGGACGAAGUCCUACUUCUACCUGGACCCCCAGAAAAUGUGCCAUUUGUGAGGAAGAGGAAGCCGCCAAAGUACUUGAACGACUACACUGCGGAAAAGAAAAAGAGGCGAGUUCUUCCAGAGAACGUAGACCCGGAGAGACCAACAGACCGUAGAUUGCUUCGUACGUUCAAGAGGUGGUUGAUUGGAGACAUUCCCAAUGCCCGACCUAAGAAUGUGCACACCGGUGUUGGCGAUGUCAAGUUCUUCACAACAUUGUUUCUAAUGGCGGAGUGGCUUCACGAUGAUCACAUAGAUGCCAUAUCACACUUGAUGAUGAGGAGACGCCAUCAUUUUCCAGAGUUGUACCCUCAGCCAGGUGUGAUUUUGGACACAACACUUCCACAAUUCCUCAUAAGCAUUUGGAGUUGCCAGACUGGUGACAGAAGUACGUUUGAAUGGCCAGAUGCAGUGAACCAGUACUAUCUGGGUAUGGAGAGCCGUUACAUGCCAUGUUGGAAGGAUUUGAACUUCAUAUACUUCGUCCUGUACUUCGAUCAUCAAAAACAUUGGGUUGCUGUUGAGGUAGAUAUUGAUAUGUGGCAGAUUCGGGUGUACGAUAAUGAUUUAGCAUGCACCACCGACGCACAGUUUGAUGCCAUCAUGCUACCUUGGACUCAGUUGUUUCCACAUCUGCUGAGGUCUACUGGCUAUUAUGAUCAAGUGAACAACAACAUUCUGAAUGUGGACUUAGGGGACAGUAGCCAACUCAGAUCAAUGCAUGCUAGACGCAUGCCGAGUGAGGUGGUUCCCCAAAGUAGAACAAGUGGUGAUUGCGGGGUGUAUGCACUUGAGUACAUCGAACACCUAAUGCUGAAUCGGUCCUUGGACAACAUUACAGAUGAUAACAUGAGAAUGUUCAGAGAUCGGUGGUGUGUAGACUUGUUUUAUCAGAACUUAACGUGGUAA